UAUUGAACUGGGUUUGUUGCACCGAAGUGGGAAGGAGCAGAGGAUAGAACUGAGGUGAACGAUAACAGCGGGGUCGGACGGUCCCCAGCUUUCAUUGGUGCUACAAGGGGCAGUUCUAGUUGGGAGGUUGAGCAAGAGUGCAGUUUCCCUUUCUGCACCCUUCACAAGCAAAAAGGUUACUUGUGUGAUCCAUGUAGAGUCACUUCAUGUCAUGAUAUACAGUAAUAGGUUCUUGUGAUACAACAAAGACCAGUUUCUUACAAAAUCUCUGAUCUGGGGAACUGUUGCACAAGCUUAAAGGUUGGACAGGUUACUGGAUAUUGUCUAACAUAUGGUAACGUGAAAAUAAUCAACAAAUGAUGUCCAAUGCCAGUAUUCCAGGGUCCUGAGAUUUCAGUGAAGAAAAAGUCACACCUAUUUCAGCAAAUUGCAUGCUCCAGUGAUGCUGGAAGUUACUCUGCAACAAGUUAGUAUCUACAGUAGUGAAAAUGGAUUUGCCAAAAUAGCUGACACCAACACUAAAACUAUUUGGGAAUUAUUGUACCGAGAAAGUCGUGUGACACAGCUUAUCCUCAGACAAGGCAAUCAUCAGAAUACUGGAACGAUGCUAUGUCAGAGGGGAAUUGUAAAAAGCACCAUUGGUUCAACUUCAUGAGGAAUAACUCACACCAUUGCAAAAUACAUAUAUUUUUCUGCCCUUGGAUUUCAAAAUUUCUGUGGUGUAAGAUACAACAGUCCAUGAGGCACAUGCAUCUGGAGACUUCUCAGAAAGAGCAGUCUAACAACUUGUCUCGGCAGGCUACAAGCCAUGCAGAUGGGAGCUUCCAAGAUACACCAAUGAGCGACUAUCGCUUGGACUCUAGCGAUGUCAUCCCUGAAAGAGGAAUUUUGGCAGGGUAUAGUGAGAACGAGGUUAGAAUUCAAAAAGUGUAUCAACUUUCAAUAUUUUCUCACCUUUCUAACUCUUCAAAUAGUUUGGAACAGAGAAAUUGCAAACGGAGUAUUAAAAGAAGUGUAACUGAACUUCAUCCAGAUCUUGAACUUGAACUCAAUCAGAAAAGAAUCCAUGUGCACUGCAAAAAUUCUGCCACGUUGACUGAAAGUCUAAAUGCAUCUCAUUGUGGAACUGAUAAUGAUAAUCUUUCUGAAAAAAACAUAGGUGACUAUACAGAUCAGCAAGAUGUUAGUUUCCAUGAUGAAGAACCAAUUGUGCAUGGUUCUGCACAACACUUUUCUCACAGUGGUUUGCAUGUUAUUGAACAUAAAGACUCCCAGGACAGUAUUUUGAUAGAAGAUGGUGAUACGGGCUCACCUAGAAAUAAAUUGGUGCCGACGACACCAACCUCCGAGAAAGAGGUUCAACCUAUUACCAGUACUGGACUGCUAUCAUCUGAGAAAACGCCCUCCUCUUUAGGACACUCAAGUACAAUCUCUGUCAGAUGUACAGCUAAACGGAAGCUGCUAUCACCAACAAAUGCAUUAGGGAAAGAUAUGUGCUCAGGGGAUGAAGCCCCAUCUGUUGCAAAGAAAUGUAGGAUUCAGUUAACUAAUUCCAUCCCAGUUUCUUGCAGAAGUACUGAUGCUAAAGCAGCACCUUUCUGGAAUCACUUACUUCCAUCUUCAAGAGACGCAUCCAAGAAUUCUUCUGAUUGCAUCAGUGGUGCCAGAAGAUUAAAGAAUGGAUUACGCCUGAAAUCGAGACACCUACGGAGUGCAUUUGCAGGAGAAUCCAACAAGUUUUCAUCAAGAAGCAGCACAAGUUCUUCUGUUAGUCGUUCUUUGCUUGGAAAUUUUGAGGAAUCCUUAUUAAAUGGCAGGUUUGCACCGUCAGGAAGAAUUGAAGGUUUUACAGCUGAACUUGGGGCAAGUGGAUCAUAUUGCCCACAGCAUGUAACACUACCCGUGGAUGUGUCUUACUAUAAUAUUUCUGAACAUAGUGCUCCAUCACCGUUCCUGGGUGUGAUAAAUCUGGAAUCUUUGGGAAAGAAGGGUUACAAUGUCCCCAAGGCAGGAACCAUCCAAGUGACCUUAUUCAACCCAAACAAAACUGUGGUGAAAAUGUUUCUUGUAACAUAUGACUUCAGUGACAUGCCACCAAACCACAUUACACUUCUGCGCCACAGGAUUUUUCUUGUACCAGUGGAAGAAAAUGAAGGAACGUGUGAAAAUAUGGAAAACUCAGAAGUAAAAAGAAAAGUACUAUGUUAUCUGAUUCAUUUAAGGUUUCAAAGUUCAAAGUCUGGAAAAAUCUACUUGCACAGUGAUAUUAGGCUGCUGUUUUCCCGAAAAUCAAGUGAAGUGGAUGCUGGAAUACCAUACGAGUUGAAAUCAUUUACAGAAAUGCCAAGAAAUCCAAAAUAUUCACCACGAGUUUAGCACAUUAAUCUCAAGACUAUAUAUUGGAGUUCAGUGAUUAUUUAUCUAGCGAUUGGUUCUAAGUAUGGAGAAAAACUUUCAGUUCAGUGUUAAACGCAUGCUUUGUAAUAAAUAUUAAGGAUUUGUUUAAAGUGCAGUUUCCAAUUGUGACAUUCUGUACAUUUUGAUUUUAAAUAAAAGCACAGGAAACUUGCUUUAAUGUAGGGCUGAAAUAAUAUUUAAUAUACAUUUUUGCUCUCAGUUCAUGGAAAUUUAAUUCCUUAACCUCAGUAUCAAAAUCCCAUUUUACUUUGAAACAUUGAUCUAUUUAUCUUAAAUAUCUUUCAUUGCCUAUAUUGAUAAUUAUUGUAAUUGUGGGUUUCCUGAUUUGUAAACUAAUCAGGACCACAAAAGACACAUUUGCAGUUUGGGAAUAAAUUAAUAGUAAAGGGUUGACUUAACUCUUUAAUUUAUAGAGCUUAUGCAAAAUUCAUUACAAUAUUUAAUACACAGAAAUGUGAAUAUUGCUGCUUCCAGAUUUACUCUUGGAAAACCUCUUCCCUUCUCCAAAAACUUAAUUUUCUGAUUAAUAGGCUUAAAAGUCUUCCCCUAAAGUUUAGUUUGCUGCAAAAACUGAUUUUAACUUGUUCUACUCCCACUUAGAAAUAAUACCAACAAGGCCAAUGAGAAGGGAAAAAAUGGAAGGUGAGAAAGGCAGUAGCUGAGACCUUUUUUCAGUUUAAUUUUAACUCACCCAUUUUAUAAUUAUGUUCAAGUUCUGGCAAUGGCAAACGAACUAUUCUCUGGUUGGGAGAUGAGGUGGGAAAUCUCUUCCUAUUACUUUUCCACCAGCAAAUGGCAAAUCCGUAAGGUGAACACCUGAUUUAUUUGCUUUUUUUUGGUUAAUUACCCAAUCAACUGAAGAAUAUCUAGCUUCAGCUUUCCCCUUGAUGCUUCAACCAUUAAUAUGUGUUCUUUUACUUGGCGCACACAAUUUGUGUACAAAUGCACUGUGAUAUUUGGUGAUGGUUAAUAUUAAUGGACUUUAUAUUUGCCAAAGUGUUUGAGAAGGGGGGAGUUUCUUGGACCAAUGGAUGUCCAGAUAAUCCUUCAUUCUAGAGUAAAUGAAACUUUUUGUAUGGGCAAACUGUAGAUUAAAGAGUUAAUUAAAAUGUUUCCUAAUGUUAGUUUUACUUUUUCAUUAUGCACUGUGUGGUAUUAUAUUCGGAAGGUACGCUUCAGAAAAAUACAUUAGUUUUUGUUCUUAAUAUUAUCAUUGUUGUCCAAACUCCUAAACAUACUAAUCAUAUUGUUGAAACAGUUGUAGAAACAUAAAGCUAAGUGAAGUAGAUUGUAUUUUUUGAUGGA